AUGCUGUCUCACGCCGACCUCCUGGACGCCCGUCUCGGGAUGAAAGAUGCAGCCGAGCUGCUGGGACACCGGGAGGCAGUGAAGUGUCGGCUGGGCGUAGGGGGCUCGGAUCCGGGGGGACACCCAGGAGACAUGGCUCCCAAUUCGGACACAGUUGAAGGGACCACCCUGCUGCCCGGGGAGGACAUCACCACGGUGGGAUCCAACCCCAGCUCCUUAGCCGUCAGCUCCAAAGACCCCGACAAGCAGCAAGGCCAGCAGGGGGGCCAGAACCCCAGCCAGGCUGGACAGCAGCAGGGGCAGCAGAAGCAGAAGCGGCACCGCACCCGCUUCACGCCGGCGCAGCUUAACGAGCUCGAGAGGAGCUUCGCCAAGACCCACUACCCGGACAUCUUUAUGCGGGAAGAGCUGGCCUUGCGCAUCGGCCUCACUGAGUCCCGAGUGCAGGUCUGGUUCCAGAAUCGUCGGGCCAAGUGGAAGAAGCGCAAGAAGACCACCAACGUCUUCCGCGCUCCGGGAACGUUGUUGCCGACGCCGGGACUGCCGCAGUUCCCUUCGGCCGCCGCGGCCGCCGCCGCCGCCAUGGGCGAUAGCCUCUGCUCCUUCCACGCCAACGAUACUCGCUGGGCCGCCGCCGCCAUGCCGGGAGUAUCGCAGCUGCCACUGCCGCCGGCGCUGGGCCGGCAGCAGGCCAUGGCACAGUCUCUCUCGCAGUGUAGCCUGGCAGCCGGGCCGCCGCCCAAUUCCAUGGGCCUCUCCAACAGCCUUGCGGGCUCCAACGGCGCCGGGCUGCAGUCGCAUCUCUACCAGCCUGCCUUCCCCGGCAUGGUGCCCGCCUCUCUGCCUGGCCCCAGUAACGUGACGGGCUCGCCCCAGCUCUGCAGCUCCCCUGACAGCAGCGACGUGUGGCGGGGAACCAGCAUCGCUUCCCUUCGCCGCAAAGCACUAGAGCACACAGUCUCCAUGAGCUUCACCUAA